AUGAGAACUUUUGAAAAGGUGAUUGUUGUUGACGCUAAGGGUCACCUUCUCGGGCGUUUGGCAUCUAUUGUGGCAAAACAGAUUUUAACUGGCCAAAAGAUAGUCAUUGUACGUGCUGAGGAGCGUAUGAUUGUCAAUCCUGCGCGUGGUCCUUUCCACUUCCGUGCACCCUCCAAGAUCAUUUUUAAAACUAUUCGUGGUAUGGUUCCGCAUAAGACUCCACGUGGUGCUGCUGCUCUGGGUCGCCUCAAGAUUUUUGAAGGAAUACCACCUCCAUAUGACAAACAAAAACGUAUGGUUAUUCCUGAUGCAUUAAGAGUUUUGCGUCUUAAACCUGGUCGCAAAUAUUCCACAAUUUCUCGUCUUUCCUCUGAAGUCGGUUGGAAAUACAAGGAUAUUGUUAAAAAACUUGAGGAUAAACGUAAAGAGAAGAGUAAGGAAUUCUAUGAACGUAAGAAGAAACAAGCUAGGUUACUUGCACAGGCUACGAAGAAUAAGGCUACCUUUGAUCCAAUUCUACGUCUUUUACCCUCUGCUAAUUUAAAAUUUCGUUGGGUAGCCGAAGAUGUACUUGAAAUUCACCUCUAUAAUAUUUUUGUGAAACAGGAACAAGAAUCAAAAUUAUCAUUAAGAGCAACUUCGAUUCUAAGCCUGAUCCCAACGAUUUUAUUAUUACCUAUUUCAUUAUAG